AUGCGAGCGGCCACUUGGGGCUCAACCGGAUGGCAUCGACUGGCUGCGUUACUAGUUAAGAUGGGUGAGUGUAAGACGGCCGACGAAACGUAUCGAGCGCUGCUCAACGGUCAGAAAUCCGAAGAUAAUGAGAGCGCUAUCUUCUAUAUUCAGCUUGGACAUGUCAAAGACCAACAAGGUGACUACGAGAACGCUAUUAAGCUUUAUCAAAAAGCACGUCAAAUCACAGAAAAAUCUCUUCCUGUGAAAUGUGUUAAUUCCUACUUCUGCAUUGGUAUAGCGUAUAUGGCUAUGGGUGACUACCGUAAAGCAUUGUUAUUUUAUCAAAAAAUUCUUAAAAUUCCAAAAGAAUUUAUUCCUCCCAAUAGUCCCUUUUUCGAUGCAAUACUUCAAAUGCAAACUUCAGAUACAUACAAAUCAUUGAAUAAAUCAACAAUAAUUUCCAGUUACAGAAAACGAAGUCAUUCUAGUUAUGACAAUGAAGACGAUGAGCUGGUGCAGUUCGACACAAUAGUCAAGAAACCCAAACAAAAAGCCAUAACAACGCCGAAGCCACUCAAAGAUGAAUCAUCAUUUAUAACGCCAAUUCCUGAACGCUUAUGCUCACGUGAACUGAAUUUUAGUGACGACGAUUCAAAAGAAGAAGAAGCAAAUAACAAACACCUUUUAUCUUUACUAAAAAGAACAUUGGCAAGUAAUGAUAAAAUAGCUGAAGAACUGAACCAAAUUCGUGUAUCGCAAUCAAGUGUGGAGCAAAUAUUGAAGUCAAUACUGGAAAGCCAAAAGAAAAUGCAAAGAGCCUUAGCAGCAGAAAACGUACGUGCUUCUCUGGGGUGA